AUGAACACGGAAUAUGACUAUGUCGUCAUUGGAGGCGGUACAGCAGGGCUAGUUGUAGCAGCCAGGCUAGCAAAGAAGGGCGAGAAAGUGUUAGUGGUGGAGAGUGGUGGGGAUGCACACGACUCCAUCAGCGUGAACGCAGCCAGCGAGUUCGUCAGCCACGUGGGCAGUGUGAAUGACCAUGCAUACGCUGUCCACGAUGCUGCUAUGCCGAUGCCCCGCGGACGGUGCCUGGGAGGGAGCAGUGCGAUUAAUUUCCUGCUGUGGAACAAGCCGCACUCUAGCGAAAUUGAAGCAUGGGAGGCGCUCGGCGUGGUUGGGUGGAGCUGGGAGGCGGUGCUCUCAGAAAUGCGACGAGCUGAGGCGUUUCUCCCGCCAUCCUCCACUCAGAAGAGCGCUUUGCAGCUACCAGAGGAAAUCGGCAACGGCGACUACGGCGACUACGGCUCCGAAGGGCCCAUCGCCCUUUCCUACCCACCCUACGCAUGCUGCACGGACAAGCGGUGGCUGGCGACGAUGGCUCGCGCCGGCGUGCGCGUCAACCACCGCGCUCACUUGGGCGACAAUGCAGGCGCGAAUGUGAGUCCCGUGACUGUCGAUGCGCGCCACCAGCGCGCAUAUGCGAUACGGUAUCUGGAGAGCAUUCCAGUAGGACGCGGCGGAAUGCUUGACAUACGCACACACACCACCGUCGAUCGCAUACGUUUGGCGCAGACCGACGACCCCGAGAAGACAUUUAGGGGUGUGGCGGUAGAGUGCAGCAGCGGGGACGCCACAUUCGACGUGGACGUAGGCAAGCGCGUCGUGCUCGCAGCAGGCGCCAUAGCCACUCCUGCGAUAUUGGAGAAAAGCGGCAUAGGGGAUGAGAAGGUGCUGCAGGAGCGUGGUUACACUCCACGGAUACAUCUGCCCGGCGUAGGCAGGUACCAGGGCCACUACUACGUGACGGUGUGCUACGAGCUGCGCGAUGUGGAUGCAGGCGAGGCGACGAGGGAUACGCUGAGGGGUGGAAAUCGUCAACAAACAGCAGACAGCGUUGACCCUUCUCCCAUCCACCAGGCGGCUGAUUGCGUGGCUUACUUGACCACAGACGACCUGCUCAGCGAGCUCGAGAAGGCGGUUCUGUCGCAGCUGCUUUACGAGUUAGAGAGUGGAGAUGGAGAGCAGCGUGUACUCGCGCAGCUGUACAGAAACACCCAGAUUCCCCAAGUCGAAGUGGAUAUGGUGGGUUUCUUCGCCGAUACGAACGGCACCACUCCCGCAGAGGGCAAGCAGUACGUGACAUUCAUGGUGGGAUGCCAGCACCCAGUCUCGAGAGGCAGCGUGCAUGCUGGCGAGCACGGCGUGGACAUAGCAAGCAACUACAACACACAUCCCAUCGACAGACUGAUACUCAAGGCAGGCAUCAGAUUUGUAAGGAGUGUGAUUGCGCAGACUGAGCCGCUGCGUGGAAUAAUCGGCGGGGAAGUCUCGCCUGGAAAUGGAGUCUCGGAGGAGGCGUUCAUGGCGCACGCACCCGCUUGCGACUACCACCCAGGCUGUACUGCCAGAAUGGGCAGUGGGGAAACAGGCGUCGUCGACUCAACACUGAGAGUACACGGCUGUGAAAAUGUCUUUGUGGCUGAUGCGUCUGUGAUGCCCACUCAGGUCAGCGCGCAUAUACAGUCGCUUGUGUAUGCGAUAGCCGAGAGGGCGGGGAGGAGUCUGUGA